GUGUGGGCACGGGGGAGGGAGGAGAAGCCGUGCCGCCGUCGCGCCCGUGGGUGCCCAUAUGGUCGCGCCGCGCUGCUUUCCUCGAGCUGUGUGAAGAAAGUCUUCAGCCAUGGAUGUGUUCAUGAAAGGGCUUUCCAAGGCAAAGGAGGGAGUCGUAGCAGCAGCAGAAAAAACCAAGCAGGGUGUGGCAGAGGCAGCAGGAAAGACCAAAGAGGGAGUCCUCUAUGUGGGUUCCAGGACCAAGGAAGGAGUUGUUCAUGGUGUUACAACAGUGGCUGAGAAGACCAAAGAGCAGGUGUCUAAUGUUGGGGGAGCUGUGGUGACAGGAGUGACGGCGGUGGCGCAGAAGACGGUGGAAGGAGCGGGGAACAUCGCUGCAGCCACUGGCUUGGUCAAGAAGGAUCAGUUGGCCAAACAGAAUGAAGAAGGUUUCCUGCAGGAGGGAAUGGUGAAUAAUACAGGUGUUCCUGUGGAUCCUGAGAGCGAGGCUUAUGAGAUGCCUCCAGAGGAAGAGUAUCAAGACUAUGAACCUGAAGCAUGAGAGUCCUUUCCUUCCUUCCUAUCACCUGAAAUCUACUAACUACUAAAGACGUCCCAUCCUGUACAAGUGCUGAGUUCCAAUGUGCCCAGUCGUUAAAUUUUUUUACAGUUUUUACAGUGUAUUUUGAAGUCUUCCAUCAGCAAUGAUUGGAGUAUCUGUGACUGCAUCCACCUUGUUUCAGCAUUUCACUCCUGCUGAAAUGAAAGCCGGUUGGCAGGGUCAUUGUUGUGCUGUGGAUAUUGUGGCUUCAAGUUUAAAAGUUAAAAAAGAAAAUAUUAAGUAAAAACACCUAAGUGUCUACUGCUUAUUUCUAAUUCUGUACAUGUUUUGUUGAUAGGCUGUCAGUAAUUUGAUAUUGUUUAUGAUACAGUUUUUAUUUGUUUCCUAUGACUAUUCUUUCUGUGCAGAGAUGACUUAUUGUGAGAGCUUUAUAUAUAUGUGUAUGUACUAUACAUAUAAAAAAAAGUAAUUGAGCAUGAACUAUGCACCUAUAAAUAUUAGCUGUUGAAAUUUUAUUGUUUUGUGAUGUGUUUUAUUAACUUGUGUCUGUAAAUAAUGGUGUUCAACUGAAGCAAAUAAAAUGUAACCCAUUAAAAGUGAAUUUCUAAAUUAGUAAUGAUUUCUAACAUCACCUUUCCCUUCCAAAAUUCCCUGUUGAAGUAUUCAAGCUGUGUUGCUUCUUUUGAAGGAAACUGGAGGAGCAAAAUCAGAAAAUGUGAGCCCAGUCUGUACAAAAACCAUGGUGGAGAAUGGGAAAAUCAGGGCUGCUACCGCAGCUGGGUGCAGCUUUGCUGGCAGAUAGAUUUGUUUGUAAGGCUAAUAAACUUGCUGUUGUAAGGACAACCUGAUAGUGAAUGAAGCCAUUAAUAAUGGGCUGCAGCAGAUUAUCAUGAGGCCCCUUGAAGAAUUACUGUUCUAAGGUUGUUAAAGUGCUGGGAUAUACAGUGAUGGCUUUGCUGCAAUGAAUUUGUCUUGUAUAAAGUCCUG